AUGCAUCGACAAUUACUUGUUUCAGUUGUAAGUAUAAUAUUCCUUGGAAUUAGUAGCAGUUGGGCAGCAAAUUGGGCUGUUCUUGUUGCUGGCUCUUAUGAAUGGACGAACUACCGUCAUCAAGCGGAUGUUUGCCACGCUUAUCAAAUUCUACAUAAAAAUGGUAUUCCUGAUUCGAAUAUUAUUGUUAUGAUGUACGAUGACUUAGCUCAUCAUUGGAGAAAUCCAACAAAAGGUGUUAUCAUCAAUCAUCCCAAAGGAAACGAUGUUUAUCAUGGCGUUCCUCAUGACUAUACGGGCAAGGAUGUUACGCCACAAAAUUUCAUGAAUGUUUUAUUAGGAAACAAGGAAGUACUACGAGGUGUUGGUAGUGGUAAAGUUCUUGAAAGUGGUCCUGAUGACAAUGUCUUCGUCUAUUUUACUGAUCAUGGUGCUGUCGGUCUUGUUGCUUUUCCACACGGCGUCCUUUAUGCCAAAGAUCUCAAUACAACAAUCACAGCAAUGUACAAUCAAAAGAAAUACAAACAAAUGGUGGUCUAUAUCGAAGCUUGUGAAUCUGGCUCGAUGCUCGAGGAUAUUCUUUCUGACAAGAUUAACGUUUAUGGAACAACAGCAGCGAACGCUCAAGAAUCCUCCUAUGCUUGUUAUCAUGAUAUUGUGCGUGGUACUUACUUAGGUGAUGUGUAUUCAGUCGUUUGGAUGGAAGAUUCCGAUGUUGAACAACUCGAUAGGGAAACUCUAUUUCAGCAAUAUACGAUAACACAACAGAAAACAAAUACGAGUCAUGUUAUGCAAUACGGAGAUUUAAAUUUAGGCAAAUCGCAUAAUGUUAGUGAAUUUCAAGGUACACAUCCAUCUAAUCAAUCGAAAUAUUCCUACAAAGAUUCCUUUCGACGUGACGCCGUACCUUCGGAACUUGUUCGAAUGGAAAUUAUUAAACAUCGCUUAGCAAUGCUCGAAGAAAACUCAAUGGAAAAAAGACGAUUAGAACUCGAACUCACUCAACUGUACACUGUUCGAAAUCGCAUUUCAAAUCGUUUCAAUCAAAUCGCUUCCCUAGCUCUAUCAAUAAACCGUGCUCAACAUUUCGAAGCGGUCACUACACAACCUAUGAAAUUAACUCGACAUGAUUGUUAUAUCUCCGUCACACAAAAUCUUCACAAAAAAUGCUUUGAUCUUCAGCAUGAAUUUGUGCUCAAUAAACUUUACAUCAUGGCUAAUCUAUGUGAAAUCGGUUUCAUGGACAUGACAAUCCAUCAAGCGAUUGAACAGGCGUGUGAAAAGAGAAUUCAUUUAACAUAUUAA